AUGCAUUGAGUGAAGUAGUUGAACAGCCACCCUAGUGAGUAUUGUAGUAGGGAAGUACUCGUUAGCGCACAUUGUCGUCAGCGGUCGGCGCACCAACUCCGCGAGCAUCCACUAGUCUCUGUUGCGUACGAGAUCUGGAAGACCGAGGAGGAGAGUUCAUUCCGCUACAGUCAUCCAUGGCUCUGUGCAACGGAGAAACCAAGCUGGACAUCAGCAGCGUUGAGCCUCAGAAUGGUUCAUGUGAGGGGGCGGUGGUCAUCCUGGAUGCCGGGGCGCAGUACGGCAAGGUGAUUGAUAGGCGGAUCAGAGAGCUGUUUGUCCGCUCAGAGAUCCUCCCACUAGAGACGCCAGCCUUCGCCAUCAGAGAACAAGGUUUCAGAGCCAUCAUCAUCUCUGGCGGUCCUAACUCUGUGUACGCUGAGGAUGCCCCCUGGUUUGACCCUGCCAUAUUCACCAUUGGAAAGCCUGUCCUGGGUAUCUGCUAUGGAAUGCAGAUGAUCAAUAAGGUUUUUGGAGGGACAGUACACAGGAAGAGUGUGAGAGAGGAUGGAGUGUUCAACAUCGGAUUGGACAACACCUGCUCUCUCUUCAGGGGCCUGCAGAAAGAGGAGCCGGUGCUGUUGACUCAUGGGGACAGUGUGGACAAGGUGGCCGAUGGCUUCAAGGUGGUGGCCCAGUCAGGGAGCAUUAUUGCAGGUAUUGCCAACGAGCAGAAGAAACUGUACGGGACCCAGUUUCACCCGGAAGUGGACCUGACAGAGCGGGGCACAGAGAUAUUACGUAACUUCCUGUUUGAGAUCGCCGGCUGCACUUCCAACUUCACCGUCCAGAACCGCCAGCAGUCCUGCAUCACAGAGAUUCAGGAGAAAGUUGGCAAGUCCAAAGUACUGGUUCUGCUGAGUGGAGGGGUGGACUCUACCGUGUGCACGGCCCUGCUGAACAAAGCUCUGAACAAGGAGCAGGUGAUCGCGGUGCACAUCGACAAUGGCUUCAUGAGGAAACGAGAGAGCCAGAGCGUUGAGGAGGCCCUCACCAAACUGGGCAUCAACCUCAAAGUGGUGAACGCAGCGCACACUUUCUAUAACGGUACGACAACCCUGCCCAUCUCCGACGAAGACCGGACGCCACGGAAACGCAUCAGCAAGACCCUCAACAUGACCACCAACCCUGAGGAGAAGAGGAAGAUCAUCGGAGACACCUUCGUCAAGGUGGCCAAUGAGGUGAUAGGGGAGAUGAACCUGAAGCCGGAGGAGGUGUUCCUAGCCCAGGGCACCCUGAGGCCAGAUCUCAUAGAGAGUGCUUCUCACCUCGCCAGCGGCAAGGCAGAGGUCAUCAAAACACACCACAACGACACAGAGCUCAUCCGCAAGCUCAGAGACGAGGGAAAAGUCAUUGAGCCUCUGAAGGACUUCCAUAAGGAUGAGGUUCGGGCACUGGGCAGAGAACUGGGACUGCCAGAGGACAUCGUCUGUCGACACCCUUUCCCUGGUCCUGGCCUGGCCAUCAGAGUGAUCUGUGCAGACGAGCCCUACAUCUGUAAGGACUUUGCUGAGACCAACAACAUCCUCAAGAUCAUCACAGACUUCUCCGCCAUGGUCAAAAAGCCCCACACGUUGCUGCAGAGAGUGAAGUCGUGUAUAUCAGACGAGGAGGAGGAGAAACUCCUGCAGAUCACCAGUCUUCAUUCACUCAAUGCCUUCCUGCUGCCGAUCAAGACCGUGGGAGUCCAGGGUGACUGUCGGUCCUAUAGCUAUGUGUGUGGGGUCACUAGUAAAGAAGCUCCACACUGGGAAUCCCUCAUGUUCCUGGCCAGACUCAUCCCUCGCAUGUGCCACACCAUCAACAGAGUGGUUUAUGUAUUUGGGUCCCACGUGAAGGAGCCCCCUACAGACGUCACCCCCACCUUCCUGACCACGGGCGUUCUCAGCACACUCAGACAGGCGGACUUCGUGGCCCACUCCAUCCUCAGAGAGUCUGGUUACUCUGGGAAGAUCAGUCAGAUGCCGGUCAUCCUGACCCCUCUGCACUUCGACCGCGAUUCCUCACAGAGGCAGCCGUCCUGUCGACGCUCUGUGGUCGUCAGAACUUUCAUCACCAGCGACUUCAUGACCGGGAUACCAGCCACGCCAGGAAAACACAUCCCCGAGGAGGUGGUGCUGAAGAUGGUGAAUGAGAUCAAGAAGAUCCCUGGCAUCUCCCGGGUGAUGUUCGACCUGACCUCCAAACCUCCCGGUACCACAGAGUGGGAGUAGAGCUCACGGAGAGAGAGAAGGGAGGUGUGGUGAGCUCCUCCUCCUCCUUUCUUUCCCUCUCCUAACACCUCUCCCCCCACUCCCAAUCUCACCCCUCCUCUCCUUUCUUUCCCUCUCCUAACACCUCCACACCCCUCCUUUCCGAUCCCCCCCCCCCGUAGAACAUUCCCGUGGAAAGCAGGCAGUACUGUGAUCAGCGCACACUUGAAGCUGCCACUCUGCCCCCUCCCCUCCCCCUUCAUUUUUUGGGGAGGGGUGGUUGAAUAGAUAUGAUGACUAUUCACCCUUCUUUUUGGAUCCGUUUCUUCGUGCGUGACGAUACAUUUUUCCUUUUUUUGGUGCAAGUGCCGCUUCCUGUUUUGAAACCGCCAGUUGAGGUCAAGAGUUAAGGAGUUCAGGAAGUGGAUUGUGUACACGGUAUGCCUCAGAUUACAGCGUGAGACCAACAACUGAAGAAAGCAAAAACUACAUACUUGUAUGACAUAACGGAGAAGGAAGAGCAGCAACUAGCCAGUGGUUUAAAAAGUCAUCCAUCGUUUUUUCAAAUUAUUUUUUUGCUUUUUUUUUGUUACACUUCUGACGGGUUUUUUUUCUCCCAAAAUGAUUUUUACUCAUCCGUUUACCCUUCAACUGUAUACUAUACAAAGAGACAGGGGUUGCCUGCCCAAAGUCAUUCAGCAGAGAAACUGUGACCAAUUAGUAUUUUUAUUUUAUUAUUUUUUUACUUUUCAUUUUGCCAAAUGUAGACGAGCCGUGGUGAAAUUAGAUCUGGGUUAUUAUCUCUUGUUAACGAUCCACUUAAAUCAAAAUGGUGAUGGUUAAGCUACCCGACCGCCGUCAACAGAAAAUAUUAGUUUGUUAUCACAGAUGUGUGACACUGUGUGGGAAAUCCCCAAAAUGACGAGUUGUCCUUUUUUGGUGCCUGUUUCUUUGGGUGCCUGUUUCUUUGGGUGCCUGUUUCUUUGUGUGUCUGUAAGCCUGUUGGGUGCCUGUUUCUUUGGGUGCCUGUAAGCCUGUUGGGUGCCUGUUUCUUUGGGUGUCUGUAAGCCUGUUGGGUGCCUGUUUCUUUGGGUGUCUGUAAGCCUGUUGGGUGCCUGUUUCUUUGGGUGCCUGUUUCUUUGGGUGUCUGUUUCUUUGGGUGCCUGUUUCUUUGGGUGUCUGUAAGCCUGUUGGGUGCCUGUUUCUUUGGGUGCCUGUUUCUUUGGGUGCCUGUUUCUUUGUGUGCCUGUAAGCCUGUUUCUUUGUGUGCCUGUUUCUUUGCUCCUCUGUUUUUGUUUCAUUUUUCUUCAUGUUUUUCAGAGAAACAAGAGGACUGACAAUGAAUUCAGAUGUUAGUAUUGUCUAAUUGAUGUGUGAAUGUCAUCUUUGUUGUUUUCACCUCCUACGGGUGUGUAGGAGCAACGUUUGCACAUUUCUCUUUUUACCCAUAAAGCCAUGGUGCUUUCCUGACGCGAAGGGAAUGUACUUCCAGUUGACAGAUUUUAAAACCCCAAUCACGGAGCAUCCCCCCCCCCCCCCUUUUUUUUUUAUAGUGUCAAAGGUCAAAUUGAAGACCGGCAGUGGCCGUCUUGAACGUUUCAACUACCAGAGGAGUCCCCAAAUAGGCAUUCCCAGUAACCUGGUUCUGCGAAUGCUUUCAACAUUCAUUUAAUGAGAUAGUCCUCAGCUAGUCCAGGACUCGGCGUUUUACUGGGCCUGAAACGAGUCGUCUUAAGGACCCCUGUCUGCCCCAUGUCCAGCCUGUAGGUCAUGUUUUACUGUGCGAUAAUACUGAUUUUACAUGCCUCUGUGUUUGACUUUGUACCCCUCACCGUAGAUAUUAUUUAGUUAUAACAGCAAAAUGAAUCUGUUUCUGAAACUGUCUUAUUUGCAACUUGUUCUUAAUGUCUCUCCUUCUGUGUUGUCUUUUACUUGUGUAUUUUAUGAUGCACAUGUUUACUUGGAAAACAAACGGCUUUAAAAUUUAUGGGUUUAAUUUUAUAGUUGGAUUUUACUGCAAUAUUGAAAUGAUUAAGUUAUGCAAUUCUGUCAGAUAAUUUUGUUUUUUUAAAAUGAUCGAUGCUCAUUUUUCCUCAGUAACGUGCCUCACGACAAGCCACCGCAUGCAGUUUCACGAUGACAUUUGUAUAAUGAAAAACCAAGCUUUAAUAAAUAAGUCCAUGUUGAA